UCGGUGCCCGCCGUGCCCGCGGAGGGAGGGUCCUCGCCCGGAGAGCGGCCAAUCCGGGCGGGCGCUGGCGGCGAGCAGGGGCAGAAUGGGCUGUAGUUGAGUGAAAUAGGGAAAGCGGCGAACAGUGUGGAGCGUUCCCGGUGUAAAUAAAAGGGGGAGGAAAAAAAAAAGUUUGUGGAAGUCGCCGCCCUGCAGCCUCGCUCGGGCAGCGGCGCGGGGGCUUGUGCGGUGCGGGAGCCCGGCACGGAGGACUUUAGUGUGUGGCGUUAACACGCUCUGCCUAUUGUUUGUGUUUUUUUCCAAAAUAUGGCAAAGGUUCAGGUGAACAAUGUAGUGGUGUUGGAUAAUCCUUCUCCUUUCUACAAUCCUUUCCAGUUCGAAAUCACAUUCGAGUGCAUAGAGGACCUGUCUGAAGAUUUGGAAUGGAAAAUAAUUUACGUGGGUUCAGCUGAAAGUGAAGAGUAUGAUCAGGUGUUAGACUCUGUUUUAGUUGGACCUGUUCCUGCAGGCAGACACAUGUUUGUAUUUCAGGCUGAUGCACCUAACCCAGGGCUUAUUCCAGAUGCAGAUGCAGUAGGUGUAACAGUUGUGCUAAUUACAUGCACUUACCGAGGUCAAGAAUUUAUUAGAGUCGGCUACUAUGUAAACAAUGAAUAUACUGAAACAGAACUGAGAGAGAAUCCACCAGUAAAGCCAGACUUUUCUAAGGUAAGGCAUGUUUUUUUCUAGUCAUAUAUCAGAGGUAUGCUUAGAGGU